CUUAUCGGCCCAAAUUCAUUCAGUUCAAUCUCUCUCUCUCUCUUCGGCGACGGUGCUGGCGGCCGCCGACUUGCUACACAGGAGAGGUUUACAAUCAAUCAAAUAGCUUUCGGAAAAGAGUGAUUGAAGUGAAGUUGGGGUUUUUGGUUCCCAGUACAGAUGGGGAAUUCGGAUGAGAACGGAUUCAACAGCGACGAGGCAGAAGAGGCACAGUUGAAGACGACAAAAAAGCACAAGGGAAAGCACGACAAGCCCAAGCCAUGGGACGACGACCCCAACAUCGACCACUGGAAAAUCGACAAGUUCGACCCUUCUUGGAACGAAAGCGGCAUGCUUGAAGUCAGCUCUUUCUCUACCCUCUUCCCUCAGUACAGAGAAAAAUACUUGCAAGAAGCUUGGCCUAUUGUGAAAAGUGCUCUGAAAGAGUAUGGAAUUUCAGGUGAACUCAAUUUGGUUGAGGGAUCUAUGACUGUCUCAACCACUAGAAAGACGAGGGAUCCCUAUAUUAUCGUGAAAGCUCGGGAUCUCAUUAAACUUUUGUCAAGAAGUGUUCCUGCACCUCAGGCGAUCAAGAUACUGAAUGAUGAAAUGCAGUGCGACAUCAUCAAGAUUGGCAACUUAGUCCGCAAUAAGGAACGAUUUGUCAAACGAAGGCAACAUCUUGUGGGACCCAACUCAUCCACUCUGAAGGCACUGGAGAUUUUGACAGGUUGUUAUAUUCUUGUCCAGGGAAGCACAGUUGCUGCUAUGGGUUCAUUUAGAGGUUUAAAACAAGCUAGGAGGAUAGUGGAGGACUGCAUGCUGAAUAAAAUGCAUCCAGUAUACCACAUCAAGAUCCUCAUGUUGAAGAAAGAGCUUGCAAAAGAUCCUGCACUUGCAGAUGAGAACUGGGACAGGUUUCUUCCGAAGUUCAAAAAGAAAAAUGUUAAGCAAAAGAAAGUUAAGAGUAAAGAGAAGAAACCUUAUACACCUUUCCCUCCUCCACAACAACCUAGCAAGAUUGAUGAGCAACUGGAAAGUGGUGAAUACUUCUUAAGUGACCAAAAGAAGUCAGCAAAGAAGUGGCAGGAAAAGCAGGAGAAACAAACAGAAAAAACAGCUGAAAACAAAAGAAAGAGAGAAGCUGCUUUUGUUCCUCCAAAGGAACCCAUAAGGCAGGAUAUCGGUACAUCAAAUGCUGAAAAGAACGAUGUGGCUGCCAUGGCCAUGUCUUUAAAGAAAAAGGCUAAAGAGUUUGGAAAGCAGAAAUCUAUGGAGAACAUUGAUGCUGAAAAAUAUAUUGCUUCUGGAGACCAGCGUUCGAAAAAAAAAUCCAGGCACUAUGAGGAAUAGGUUACUGACUGAGUAGCUCCUGAAACUGUCACAUGCCAUGGAAGUUAGCCUAUUGAGUAGAUUCAGGCAAAAGUUAGGCGUGACAAUGAUGGUGUCAUUGAACUGUUGUUUACGAGGGUUCAAACUUUUCUUUUCCUAGAAAACUCUCUCAGGGCGUCGACCCUGGAAACUGUUGAAGAGAUUGUUUUGUAUCAAAUUAUGUCACCAAAGAUUGGUGACGUUUCAUUUUUUUUUUUCUCCCGCAUUUUAAUUAAAGGGAUGCUUCUCGACA